UUAUUUGCGAUAUGAGAAGUACCCUACAUCGCGUCGGCAUCUUUGCUCUGAAUAAAAUAUAAACUAGCUCGAAGAUCAUGGAUAAGAAAGACGAAAUAGGAGACCCUCUCUGUUGUUGUGAAUAUAUCGACGCAAAGGGAGAAAGGAGUCAUCUACUGGCCAUGUUUUGUGAUUGUGAAGAUUUGGAUGAGUCGUGUGACAGAUUAUUCACAGGGAGGACUAUUGGCAGAGCUAGGUUAGCCUCUGUCAAGGAAACGAUCCUCGACCGUGUACGUAUCCCAACAUUCCUAGGGCAAGGGGCGCAGCGUAUUGAUGACCUGCUCGACAUGUCCGCUCUCCUUCCUCUCAUCGCAAUACCCUGUUGGCUCUAUGUCGCAUCCUGGUGCCUCGAAUAUACCGUCUAUUCUUUCAUGAUCGUACCGCUAAGUGCCAUACUCUACUCUCUACGAAUCCUCAGACGCAAGCAAAGGACGAAAUUCUUCAUGAGCGUGACUUUGGUUUCUAUAUUCACUUUGUUCUCUUCCUUUGUCAUUCUCGUGACGGAUGCCACAGUCAUUGAGCUUGCUUGCGUCUCGAUGAACCUUUUACUCUUCUUUGGAGCUUUUGCGUCGACCAAGGUGGCACCUGGGUUUGUCAAAUGUCGUCAGGAAUCUUCGGGAACGAGCUGUCAGAGAGAUGAAGAAGAGACAAAGGGACAAGCCUCUUCCCGUCUCACACAUCUCCACAAGAGCAAUGAAAGGGGACCACCGAUUGGCCAGAAUAAGGAGAAAGAGGAACAACUGACCAAUCAGAUGCAGGGAUCCUCGGAUUGGUGUGCUGCGUGUCUGAUCGUGAAGCCAGCCAGAGCGGGCCAUUGUAAGAUCUGUGACCGCUGUGUACAUCGGUUGGACCACCACUGUGUUUGGCUUGAUGUCUGUAUUGGCAGAGAUAACCACCGGUCCUUCAUCGUCACCCUUAUCCUAUUCGUCGUCGGUGGUUUCUGGGGAGUUUUAAGGGGAUCUUACUAUCUCUUUGAAGUCACUCAUGAUGAAGCAAGUUUCUAUGGAAUAUUGGAGAUCAUCUAUUAUGACCCAGAACUGGCUAUCAUCUUUGUAUGCAUCCUGUAUGGUGCGGUGGUAUGCCCUGCGGUGAUGGCCCUUCUUCUUAAGCAGUGCUUCCUCAUCACGCACAACUGGACGUACCGGGAAAGAAAGCUACUUCCUCGACAGCCGGGCGGCAAGGAACGCCUCUUGGAGCUAGAUCACGGCUUUGUGAACAAUUGGAUCAACUUCAUCACAAAGAAAGGGGAUAUGUAUGGAACGGGAGACACAUGCACAAGGGUUGUUUGAUGGAGUUUUGCUAGGCAACUAGGAUCUCAAAUUGCAUUGUUGGUUUUGUAAACUUUCAACUUUCGAGCUCUGAAUUCAAUAGAUUGUAUCAAUCAAUGUGACUUUCAAGUGCACAUGCUCAGAGUGUAUCAUCUAUGAACUCGCUUCUUAUCAUCCUUUAUCUGAAAUAUUGAACAUGCAGAAAACCUUUUGGGAUUUUCAUCAAGUCAUGGAUGACAGAGGAGACUUCUGGCUGUUGCCAUCAUCCCAUGAGCCCCCCCCCCCCCCCGAAAAGGUGGUCGGGGGGUAGCCAGAAUAGAGGAUUCUGGUCCAUAAGCAGCAAGAAAAAUUCAUUUGUUCAUCUUUCUCAAUCAAAACACUUUUAUAUCUUGUUCUUAUUAGUGUGAAUGGAUAAUGUCGAAUAUUUGUGUUCUUUUGAGAAAAAGGUUUAUCACAAUUAACAUUGUUCCAAAGUGAUAACCUCACAAAAAAAUCUUUUUUGCUUUUCAGCAUUUUUUUAGGUCAUAGUUCGGUAGAGCAUGAUGAAAUACCUGCACAUCCCAAAUUUGGUGGGAAUCGGUCCAUGAGGACCCAAGAUAUGACCUCAUGAAUUACAGAAUUAUCCCGAUGGAAGUUGAUGUAUUGUUGGCCUGGUUCAUAACAUUUACAAUCAGGCCAAUAAUACAUUGAUGCCAAUGGUAUCAUAAAUAUCAAAUAUGGUAUCAAAAAUGUCAGAAUGCGAAAUUGGAAAAUGGAUGACGUGACACUUCAGUACUCUACUUGUGUAUGAUUGUGAGUGGAUGACACAUGAGCUCAAUUUCUAGUAUAUGUCAUAUUCAAUAUUUAUACAGCAUAGCCAGUCAGUAGGCAGGUCCUCAAACAAUAAGUAGCUGCUUCUUUCUUUCAAGUGAUAUUCAUGACUAGAGAGGUUCUGCAAUAUUUAAUGCGCUUGAUGCGGAUCAAAACACCUAGAGGUUUUAAUUCAAUUCAAAAUGGUUUAUUAAGAUAAAAACUUCCAUCGCAGCACAGAGCCGAAUUACAAAAAGUUUUUACAAUAUAAAAGAUUGAAAUCAUAAGGAAUAAGUAUAGUGUGGAAUAUAACAACAAAACAUAAUACAGUAAAGCAACAAAUAUGGUACAUGACAUAUUAAGAUAAACAAAAAUUAUCACAAGACAAAAUGUGUUCAAUAUGACAUUAACGUCAAUUAAUUCUGUCAUUGCUGCUCUAAGUACAUGUAUACAUCAAAUUUCAUGAUUUUGGUAUCAUUGUAAAGCGGAAGAAUCAUUCUUUCAGGUCAUGUGUUUGAAUUUAUGUAAUGAUUUUGCAAUGUAGGUAAAAAUAUUGAUCUAAAACAUGCUACAAAAUAUAUCUUUUUACCUGACAAAAGUUGUUAUUUUGUGCACUUUUGUGUGAGUCUAAAUGAUUUUUAUAUCAUGAUAGAUUUGAAUAUGUACAUGUAUGCUUUAAAAUGGUAUAGGUUUCAAAAUAAGAAUUGGUUUAAUCGGGUCAAGAGCACACUUUUCAUUGGCCAAUACAUUGGCCGUUGCAAAUCUUGCUCAUCAAACUUGGAACACAUAUUGGUGUUGGGGUAUAGAUGUGCAAGACAUACUUCUCGCAUGUGUCGGAAAUUGCAUUGCCAUGGUAACGGUAUAUUAUGACAAAAAUAUGGUAAAAAUCUUGUGCAUUGAACUACUUUCUCAAUUUUCAACCAAUUCUCAUGAUAUUUGGCUCACACAUAGGUAUCGAGGUAAAGAUGUGUGACACAUAUAUUUUGUGUGUGUCGGAAAUUGUGUUGGCAUGGUAACAACAUAAUUUCUGCCCAAAAUUGGGUAAAAAUUUUGCGGUUCGUACUACUUCAUCAGUUUUCAGCCAAUUCUCAUUCCAUAUGUCAGUAAAGUAAUCGUGUUGCCAAGGUAACAUCAUGUAUGCCAAAAAUUAUGCAAAAAUCUUGCAGUUUUAACUACUUCAUCAGUUUUUAACCAAUUAUCAUGAUAGCUCACACAUUGGUCUUGUGGUCAGAAUAGGCAAGAUAUAUUUUCCAUGUGUUGGAAACUGUUACCAUGGUAAAACAAUGUACAGAGGGGGUAUUAAUCACCUUUAGUGAUACAUGUAGUUCUAAUUUAAUCUUAAAAUUCCUUGAAUAUUGGAAAAACUUAUGUUGUAUUCCUUGACUUUCAGAUAUCUACGUGUGUCCUCUAUUGUCUUUCAAAAUCUGCUAGAUGUGACUUAAGCAUAUGUACUUCUUUUUUAUGGGGUGGGUAUCAUUGUAUCAAGUAUCCAAAUGCUUUAUUUUUGUUCUGGUUUGCCUAUUAUUUUCUGCUAUCGUUUUGGAAAUUCAUUUUGUUAUACUAUCCGAGCUUUCAGGGUGAUUUUUUUUUUAUAAGGGUAGAUACACAGUGUAUAUCAUUGUUUAAGAUUGCUCUUACAUAGUCCUCAUAUUGUCUUUCUGUAUUAUUGUAUAAUACUGUAUAUUAUUAACUGUUCAAAUAUUAGUACCGAUCCCAUUAUACAAACUCCAAUUUGUGUAUGUUUAGGCUUUGUGUUUGGAUUUGCAUUCAACCCCACCAUGACAAUGAAUAUACUUGUUAUUGUCUCGUUUAUUUGAUCACAUUUUAUUCUUAAAAAUAGCAACAUGUAUUUUAAUUUUAUCAUUCAUUGCUGCAUUUUUCUUUCAGAUUUCAUGUGUUAGAAAUUCUAAAAAAUAUAGAUGUAGGAUAUCUUAACGAGCUGAGGAUUAGUGCAUUUUCUUGUGAAAACAGCAAUCAGUAAUUUCAAUAACCAGGCAAGAAUUUGUUUUUUAACAACUAUGUUAAUUUUCACUUGUUUUUACAAUUAAACGUGUAAUUUCUAACUUUGAUUUUAUGUUGGUAAGAAAAUUGCUUGCUGUGCUAGCUUGCUAUGCUCGCUUGCAAUUUUGGAAGAUCACUUUUAUCCCAGCAUGAAAAAAAUGGAGAUUACAAUAAAAAGUUUGCUGGGAUGGGAUACUGGAUUGCAUACCCCCAUGUUCUCACUUUGUACAUACUUAUUUCUAAUAUGAAUUGUUAUUUAAAAAUAAUUGUUACGAUUUCAAAAUGUGUUCAAAGAGAAUCCAAUCAUAAAAUGAGCACCGUAUGUAUAAAUAAAAAUUAUGUGCCAAAAGUUUCUGGAAGAUAAUGUGUAAUUGCUGAGAAAUAAGCACGGCAUUCCAGCCAAUCUAACUGAGUAAUGAUAAUAAUAUACUGUCCCACAUGUGCUUAUCUGCGUUGGCUAUCUUCAGUGUAAUUGUUUUUCAGCUUCGAUUUCGAGAUUUCACAAAGUUCGCUUUAUGUAGCUACAAGACUAGGGCCCUGUCUUACAAAGAGUUACAAUUGAUUCAAUCAAUGGUAAAUGUAUGGAAAUCGAUCAGUGUCAUAAUUUUUUGUUCAGGGAAUUUGCACAAUGUACUUUGUGAACAAAGAGAAGCAUAGUCAAUUGUAAAAAAAAGAAAAGUUAAUGUAUGAAUAUACAAAGUAGAAAAUGUUAUAAUCAAACACAUAUUUUAGAUAUUGACGUUGCUGGCUUUCCACAGUUACAAUUGAUUGGAUUAAUCGUAAAUCUUUGUAAGAUGGGGCCCAAAUCUACCGUCUUGAUAUUGUUACAGUUAAAAUUGGUUUUACAUACUCUCUCAUGAAAUCGGUGUUUACUGCCACUAUUUAAAGGGAAAAUUCACCCUGACAAAAAGUUUGUUGUAAAAAAAGCAGAAAAAAAAAAAAACUGGUGGUUUGAGGAAAAUCCGAGAUUGAAAAAGUUAAGUAUAGUUUAAUAUGUUUGAAUCAUGACACCAUUUGCGAGCAGCGUCCAAUUUAUUGUCAGAACAAAUCAAUGAAAUGUCAUUGACUCAAAAACUUGACAAUGGGUUUUAUUGUUUUUUCAGUAUAUAUCAAGACAAAAUAUUUCACACCUGCUCCUAAAAGAGAAAUUUUACUCAUGAACCAUUGAAAAUUUGAAAUUUAUGCAUUUUAUUUUACAUAUCAUAUGGGGCAGUUGCUUGUAUAUGACAUCACAGAUUAAAAGCUUAUAGAAUUCUCAUGAUUAUUUUCUUAAUCUUUAAUGGAUUUUCCGCAAAUCUUCACCAUUUUUUAGAAUUUUCUCUUUUCUGGUAUUUUUUACAACAAACUUUUCGCGAGGGUCAAUUUCCCCUUUCAAAUCAUCUUAACUUGGCUAUGCUGGGUCAUAUUACCACAUAAUUGUGUCAUGCCUAUCUUAUAAAAAUUAGAUCUUUAAACUAAACUUAUAUCACUUAAUUUAGAUGUUCUGUAUGAUAAUGAUGAAUAAUAACAAGAAUAAUAGUAAUAAUAAUGAUGAUGACAAUGGUAUCAUAUUUAGAGAUCAAUUCGCUGGAUGAGCUGACUUGUGCAGAUCUUUCACAGACAAAAACAAAUGAAAGCAUAAAUACAGCAAUACAGUGAUGAGAAAUAUUGUCAAAAUAACAUUACAAAUUAUAUUAUGCAAAUCAUGAAGAAAUAUGAAUAUUUUGGGGCUGGGGCAGUGUGAUUGUGAAACUAACAUCAGUUAUUAUGAUUAAUUUCAGAUGUACCUUAUAGUUCCUGCUUUUGUUUUGAUUAUUUUAUGUAAUUGCAGGACUAUUGAUUAAGCCGUCCUUUUUAUGAAUACUGUAACUUUUUUUUAUCAUAAAAGUAAAUCAGUAUUUGAUAUUAUUUAAUCUUUCAGCUGAAGCUGUAUUAUAUAUCUGUCCAGUUCUUACCUAUCCUUUAUUUCAGUACUAACAAAUUUUUAUUAUUAAAUAUUUAUUUUUGUUAAUAUUUCCAAGUUUUCAUGUUGUUUUGCAAAGUGAAAUAAAUUUGGCAGAAAGAUAAAAUUAAUGUGUGGUGAAUUAUUGUCGGAUGAGGAUUAUACCGAUAAUAAAGUGAUGUGGUAGAGAUAGACCGCAGCUAUAUCACUUUUAUUCAAUUCAAUGUUUUAUUCAAUCACAAUAAAAUCAACACAAAGUAUAGAUAAAGUAAUAGCAAAUACAAUUUUUGUU